ACACCCCAGAGAACUGGGUACCCAGCACUGAGCACUUCUAUUCUUUGAGCUGAAAAUGAUGGGCUAUAGCAAGAGUUUGCUCCUGGCUGCUUUGAUGUCAGUGCUGCUAUUCCACUUCUGCAGUGAGACAGAAGCAGCAAGCUCCUUCGAUUGCUGCCUUCGAUAUACUGAACAAGUCAUUCCUAGCAGAUUUAUCAAGGGCUUCUCACAGCAGUGGGCCAAUGAUGCUUGUGACAUCGAUGCAGUCAUCUUUUACACAAAGAAAGGGUUGGCUGUGUGUGCAGAUCCAAAGAAGAAAUGGGUGAAACAUGUUGUGCACGCCCUCAGCCAAAGAGUCAAGAAGAUGUAAAAACAGAUGCUCUUUGGAAUGAAAUUGGAUACAGCCC